AUGAUUUUGGCAGCAAAAGUUCUUCCUAACAGAGAUGAUUGCUCUAAGUGGAAAACAAGCAAGGAUGGAGGGUUCACUGUUAAGGAGGUGAGAAAAACAAUUUCAAGUGAACUGGAUCUAAACGUUGCUUUGGAUAAUUUCUGGCGGAAUAAAGCAGUUACGCCCGAAGUGAAUAUGUUUUUCUGGAAAGCAAAAGAUGGCAAGAUACCUUCAGCAAGAGCACUGGAGAAAAGAGGGAUAAGAGGUCUCAACACGACAUGCUCAAUGUGUGGAUCAGGGGUAGAUGAUUCGAAACACAUUCUGGUAAAAUGUCAAGCAACAAAUGAGGUCUGGAAACAGAUUUUGUGGUGGCUUAAAUUACCUUUAAGUCAACAGAUUUACACUGUGAAAUAUCUUCUGCAAACCGUUGGCGAGCUGGGUCUUUCGAAAAAGCGGGCAGAUGUUAUUCAUGCAGUUUUUUCACAAACAAUGCGGAGCCUUUGGAACGCUAGAAACCGGAAAGUUUUCGAAGGAAAAAGGAUGUGCACUUACAAAGUCGUGGAGGAAAUAAAAGAAAAUUCAUUCGAGUGGAUCACAAAUUGA